AUGGAAAAUUUAGGACCAAAAAAAAGAGGUGAACGUGGUAUUGCUGCAUUUAAGUCAAAGAUUUCUCCGGAAAAAUAUAAAGUGAAGUUUGAUAAAAAUAAUAUCCCAGACAAUGGCAUGCCAACACAGUUUAGUUCUUGGUUUGGCAUGAAGAAACAGUGGAACAUCGAGUCUAAUGAUCAAGAAAAAUAUUUGAUGAGGAAAGCUGUAAAACUUGCAUCAAAUUUUAAAUCAUUCCUUGUUUCAAAUUUUGUGAAUCAAGAAUUGAAUGCUUGUCUCAAAUAUGAUUUUAUAAAACCUGAUGAAUGGGAAAGAUUUGUUGCACAAAAAACUACUCGUGAGGUUUUGGUUUAUGGUGGAUUGUUCAAAAAUGUGGAAAAUAGUAGAACCACGAGACCGAGACAACAGGUUGACAUGAUCCCAUCAUUGCAUGAAUCUAGUAGUGCAUCUGGUGGACGGUUGACAGAAUACCCACCUAUUAAGUUUGAGGAAAACCACAUUGCUUAUCAACAUGAAAUUAAUGAACAUUUUCAAGGUGGUUUAGUUGAUAUGAUGUUAUCUAUGAAUCCACCACAAGUUCAUUUAAAUGCACCCGAACCCAGAGCCUGA